GUUCAAACAGGAGACAUGGGACCGUGGAGUCACCGAGGGGGGGAAGCUCGACCCCACAACGACUCAAACUCAAAGCGAGGGAUUCAUAUCUAGCUCGAAGAUGUUUCACGGAGCCGCCACUUUGUCACCUGAGUUUCUAAUUUCCACUCAGUAUCGAACCGGAAGAGAGACUUCAACCUAAAUGACAGCUGAAGUUAUCCGUGCAUUUGUGAUACCUGGGGCAGAGUGCCACACCUUCGCGUAGCGCAACAGCUCCACGACACAGCUGGCCAAAUGGGGUGCCCAUGCUGCAAGAUGAUGAAAAGCUACAUCUCCGACCCCUCCGAGGCGGCGGAUGCCAGGAAGACCGACUCUGCGUGCAGCUCGCUCUACCAGCCGCACCACCUCCCCAGCAGAGGCCCGCUCAGCGACCUCGACAAGCAGAAGCAGGGCUUCAACAACCUGGGCUACAGCAGGUCCAACGACAGCACGCUGAAACUGGAGGUGGACAACAACCACGUCAACCACCGGCUGCACGCCGCGCAUCUGCCCGCCAAGGAGCAGGGGAGCGUCCCGCACGCGGACGGAGCGCUGUACAUCAUCCAGCCAGAAGCUGUGGGGCCCAGAUGGGUGAUGCGGGACAAAGGGCCGAGCCAGGUGCCGGUUUACCCCGAAAUGCAGGAGUACGGGAACCAUAGGAGCUACGGCGUCAACGAGUGUGCGAACGGCAGCGAAGGCCUGUCGGCGGACGAGAUCGACGAGGGCGUGGGAGGCACGCCGGAGUACCCGUGCGACACGGGGGACGAGGGCAGCGCCCGGUCGAUGGAGAUGCACACCAGCACCACCAGCCUGUCUUCGGCCGACACCAGGGACGAGCUCAGACCUCCAAAGAGCCCGGACGCUUCCGCCGUCAAGAGCGUCGUCCCGGCGAUGAAGGGCGAGGAGCAGGAGGCGCAGAGCGUCACGGACUCGAUGGUGGCGGAGGCCCUCGCUGCUUUGGAGGCCGCCACCGCCGGGGAGGACAGCGAGUGACGGACCUCCUGCGCUGCCUCUCGCUCGUCGGCGAACAAAACUCACAGACACGAUGACCGCGACCUGGCAGAAAGUUCUGAACAGACGAGAUUUAUUUUUGAACUUUAAAAUCUUGGAUAUUUUUUGGGGAUCGUGGUCUUGCUUUACAGAAGAAGAUGUCAGCCGUAUGAAGAAGGCAACUUUGCCAAUGCCACAAAUGAAAAAGUUGUGCCGACUGUGAGUAUUGCUUGCAGCAAUAUUAAUAUCAGUUAUGCAUCCAGCGUGUUUAACACUCCACAGUCCUAAUCAGCGCUCACAGCUUCGCCACGUCCAUGCUGCCCUUAUGUGGGCAUUUUAGAAAAAUGUAUAAUGUUUUGUCACGUUCGCCUCAUUUUGGAGCAUCGCUAUGCUCAUAGAGCGUAGAGUCAAUAUGUUCUUGCCAUAGCUCGUUGUCUCUUCACGCACCUCGCGAAAGAGGAAAGGUAAUCGCGUAUUUUUCUUUUUUUAUACCCACGAUCUUUGUCCUUAUUUUGUCCUCUGUUGUUAUUUAUGAUAUCGUCACUCGCGUCCCUUUGGACGUUGAUCGGGGCAGAAAAGGCAGGAGGGGAGGACGCGGAGGUGGUCCUUAUUUAUAACUUAAUGUGUCAUCGUUGAUUUCAUCGGAAUAAAAACAAAAAAUUAAUAUCGUAUCUUCUUUGAAAUUUAGAAAUAUAUAGUUUGCACACACAUCAUCAGACUCCCGAACACUCGUUUGUAUCACUUCACUAAAUGCUCCACAUCACAGUGUGACACCAUUAAUGGUAUAAUCAUAUGCACGUUUGAAAUCUUCAGCAGGUUUCCAAAUGAUAAAACACAAAAACAGCCGACUGUACAUUUCACUGAUAUCUUAGUUUUUCCUCCACGGCUGAACUUUGACCCCGUUGAGGUCAAACCAUUGGUGAUUAAACCACAAAGGGGACAUCAAUGCACGCUUCCAGCUUUUAUAUAUUUCAUAGGUCAGGCCGAGUGUGUCCAGUCUGGCCCAUGACAUUAGUUAGCUUGCCCAUGUGCCUUAUAACGAACUAAUUGAGGCUAGCCGGUGCAAAGGAAAGAGUGUGUGAAGAGUGUGUUCACGCUAAAUGAACCGCUACGCUCAAUGAAGUUCUGAAUAAGUUUCAUAACGCCCCUUUUUCACUCAUUGUUUGCCUGCCAAAUCAUUUCUAGAUAUUAUAUUUGUAUUGUAAAAAAUAAAGGAAUGUACUUUUAAAAAUGUGUGCGCCGUGAGCUACUUUUACAUGGUGUGUAAUUAUUCAUAACAUUCGCCCCGGAGGAAGACACUCGGCUGGGUAAUGUAUUUCAUCUGACAUUUAAUGGUCAAAAACAUUUUAUGUUGCGAUAAUGCGUCAGUAAGAUCUCUGCUCGAUUGAAUAGUUGCAUAAUAAUUAUUUUUGCUGGAAGUUUUCCACACAGUGUUCAGAUUUGUUUGAUUUAAAAGAACUCGGAUUAAAAAAAUUCCUCCUGCCAAAGGUCAGCAGCUCCCAGGACGGCCAAAAGUCAAGAGUAAAAUCUAUUAAUUAAAGCGCUUCUAUUCUAUAAUGCUGCGGUUUCCUUUAAUCAGAUUUUUGUUCAAUUGUUUACUUAUUUCUUAAAUAAAUUCCUUUUCUUAACGCC